UUCCGCUCCCUCCAGAGCCUCUUCGCCCACAGGAGGGAGAGAGCGGGGGCUGUGAUCGAUGCCAAACCAGGAAGAGGAGAAGCAAGCCGCCAAGAAGGGUGCCGAGGCAAUUGGGAUUGGAGGUCGGAGUUUGCCGGAUUGCUGAGCCAGGAGCGCAAAACUCUCCCGCUGCCCUUGGCUCGUCUCAGUGCCCCCUCUCCCGAUGGCUUCUCCUGGGGAACCUCUGCCUCAAGAUUUUGCAGCAAAAGAACCAGUGGAAGAUACAGAUCCCAGCACUUUGGAAGAGACAGAAAAAUAUCCUGUUCAAGAUACAGGGUCACCAAAAGGUGAGGAAUACCAAACUGAAAACGUAACAUUGGAAAUAGCAUCCAUUAAUAUUAGGAGCCUAACAGAUUCAGGCCUGAUACAACAGCCUGAAGAUGAUGAUAGCCAAGGUAGUACUGGUGAAUCACUCACAGUGCUGAAGAAAUCAUACACAGAAAACGGCACCUACUCCUUAUGUACGUCUCGCCAACCAAUCAUCAGUGAUCUGCUCAAUGAUGAGGACUUGUUGUAUAUGAUGAGAAUAAAGUUGGAUCCAUCCCACCCAACUGUGAAAAACUGGAGAAACUUUGCAAACAAAUGGGGAAUGACCUAUGAUGAAUUGUGCUUCUUGGAACAAAAGCAACAGAGUCCCACCUUGGAAUUUUUGCUACGGAACAGUGACAGGACUGUGGAGCAGCUGAUUGAUCUAUGUAAAUUAUAUCGAAGAGCUGACGUUGAAAAGAUGCUACUGAAGUGGGUGGAGACAGAAUGGCCAAAAAGAAGCCAUGGAACCUAUCAGAAUAAUUUAUAAACAAAAAAAUAUAUAAUCCAUAUUAUAUCUGUGGUGGAAAAGUGACAGAGAGGUAGAGUUUGGUUUGCUGGUGUAUAUUUCCUUUGUUGAGAAAAGGAGCCACAAAUUCAUUUUUACAGCAUAAAAUGUUUAAUAUAUCUCUGUGUACUGCCUUUGUAAUGAAAACGACAAUCUUGAAAUGUGAACCAACCUUCAAUCUAUUACUUGGUGCUCAUAUUUUUUUAAGCUAAAGAAAAAUGAAAAUAACGGAAUGCUGUUCAGACUUUUAUUUAAAUAUUAGGCUGUUAUGUAAAUCUCAAUACUGUUAAUAUCCUGCUUGUACUGAGAAGUAAAUUAAAGUGAGGAAGGACAACCAGGGUUAGGGCUUCUCAUUAAAGAGCUGUCCACACUUUUAUUUGCAGUCUGUUGGUUCAUGUCAGCCAUAUUAAAUAAGGACUGUUCUACUCCUUCCUAGGCUGCCACUGUUUGUUAAAGAAAGCAGACCAGAACAGUAUUCUGGAUAUUCUUUUACGGUUUUCAUCUAUCUGUUCAUUCAUUUGUACCUACAGAUACUGUGUGAAAUAUGUAAUGUACUUCUGAAUUAUCAGUAUAGGAGUACCUCAAGCUCUUUGCCUUUCUUUAAUAUCAGCAUAGCUUUGGUUUAAUUACCGCAGACUUAGAUUGUUAAUUUCACUCUGCUUUUGAAGCUUCUGAUCACUAAAUACCUUCCUUUGAAGGUUGCCCUUUCUUUUGCUAUUGUCUAACUAUCAGAUAUCAUGCAAACCUUUCAUGUUCUGACAUGCUUAAUAAAAAUAAAAUCUGAUCUGUA